AGACUGCCAAACAUGGUGAUGUCUCUGGACAAUUUAAGGGGCUUCUCCUUAGCCACGUCAUCGAGUGCUUUUAUUGGAUCUUGCUUUGUGAUCAAGAAGAUUGGCCUGAAGAAAGCUGGGGACGUUGGGGUAAGAGUAGGUUCUGGAGGCUACUCAUACUUAUAUGAACCGUUAUGGUGGAUAGGAAUGGUAACUAUGAUUCUGGGUGAGGUGGCCAAUUUUGCAGCAUAUGCAUUUGCUCCAGCAAUACUUGUUACUCCUCUUGGAGCAUUGAGCAUCAUAUUUAGCGCAGUGCUAGCACACUUCAUUUCGAAUGAGAGGUUGCAUAUGUUUGGCGUGGUUGGUUGUGCAUUGUAUGUUGUUGGUUCAGUUGAUAUAGUGUUGCAUGCCCCAAUGGAAAGAAAGAUUGAUUCAGUUAGCGAAAUAUGGCAACUCGCAAUUGAACCAGGUUUCAUAGUCUAUUCUUGCUUGGCUAUAGCUCUUGCACUUAUUUUAAUGUUCUGGGUUGUUCACCAUACCGAGCAAAGGAAAAUGCUCGCAUAUGUUGCAAUAUGUUCACUAUUCAGGUCUCUUACGGUAGGUUUGCAAUACAUCAUACCAGGACAUGAGUUGUUCAAAUUGAUUUAUAAUGCCCUGAUGACACAAACAUAGUCUAUAUUUACCUUGAAAUUUUCUAGCUUUGGUGACACAAA